GAGCCACCAAGUGCGAUCGCUUCCAACACACGGGCACAGAAUUGAAACGAGCGGCGUCCAGUGCAGAUCGUAGCGGACUUAGCGCAGCAGUUGCGAACGAGUUCCGGUGAACCAAAGGUUUUGAACUGUGCAAGUAAGGCCCACACGACGGCGGCGCGCUACCACAAUAAGACGAGUGCAGCCAAAUUCGGAACAACGAGUGAAUAUCGAGUUAAAGAAGCAGGCGAACGUUUGCCCAAACAACAGCCAAGUUUCAGUGAAACGUUGUCACACUCACCUAGCCCGGGACAUUGUUUUGCUAAGUUUUCCGCGAUUUAUAACCCCCCACCCGGUGUGUGUUGUGCCCCAUAGAAAGGGAGCAUACAUUUCCGCGCACAACAGAACAAACGCAUCAGUGAGUGUGUGUGCGUGUGUGUAGUAGAACUUCCGCGAUUAGAGUCGAAUCCGGGGUCCGUCAGCAAAAGUUUAGUAGCAGCGGUAGUUUGUUGAAUUUAAGCUCAAAAUCGCCAACUUGGUGAUUUACGUAGGAGCAGGAUUUCGAUCAAACCAAUCGCGUUCUAACACCCGAUUUUCCCGGUAUUUUUGGUGCGAACAAAAGAAGCAAACAUUCUACCUUGUUUUCGGGUGUAUAAAGUAGUGUACUAUUGGCAAAAGUGAAAUAUUCGCGUACAUAUUCCUCAAUCGAAUUGUGGUUUAGUGUGAGUCUCUCAUAUAAUCAUACCCGGGAAACCAUUUUUGAUUCUGUGCUAUUGGAACCCUGCUUCCCUUCACUUGCUCCCACCUCAGUUGGAAAAUCUCAUCAUCACAGAGGAGCCGAUAUAGGAAAGUUCAAUACACUAAACGUGCGCGCACGCUAGAUAGAGCACUGGUACGAGCCGGUUUCAAGAACUGCCCAACGCAAAAACAACAGGCCAAGGUUAAAGCAAAAGUGAGAAAGAAAGGCGCGCAGUAUUUCUUCUGUUAGUGAAAAUCAUUAUUUAACCGCAACAAAUAGUGCAUUUUCCCAGAGCCGAAACGAAUUCGCUAUUGUAAGCGUGUGUGCGCGCUAAAAGAGAAAAGAAAAAAAAAAAAAGAUUACUCGAAAUUGUUCUGCUGCUGUUGCGAAGGAAGAAAACAGGACGGCAGGCAGCUAAAGUCGCGUCCUGUCAGUUCCCGUACUUAGCCAAAGCCACCGGAAUAAUAGUGGAGUCGUCGUCCUUAAUCGGAAAACCAACAAGCAAGUGUUUUUUGUGUGUUGUGUGUGUAGUUUGCGGCGAUAUCAAAUUUUAUUGUGUUGAGCUUUUGUUUUAAUAUCCUUCACGAUCGCCAUAACAAGUGGCGUGCGGGUGUGAGUGUAUGAGUGCGCGAGUUUUUAUUUUACUACGCUGAUAAAAGAAGCUGGCAAGUGAGUGUAGGAAAGCCCUGCCCUAAGAAGCACGCGCCAUCCCUCUGAUAUAUCGUAGUGAAGUUGUGUUGUGUGUGUCCUGAAGAUCGAUCGGAGAAAAUCCCCAAUCACACGAGAUUCUUCUCUGUCCUGUGUCAACGCACCCACAGCCUCCAAGUGUCUCAGUUAUCAUCUUCGGCUCUAUCCGCGACGCGCCACUCAAGUGUGUGCGUAUGUGCUAAUUAGUUGGUGCGUUAGAAGAGUGUGCCCUGGCGAAGGGAAAGAAGAAGAAAGAUCACUGCAAACCGCAAAACGUCUAGAUACGCGCGCAUCUCCGUAGCCAACAACAACAUGUCUACUGCAAUAAUGCACAGCACGUCACUCUACGACUUUGGAGAGUACCCACGGAACAAGAACCAAAACAGCACUUCCCGAAGCAGCAACUCACAGAUGAUCGUUGGCGGUGGUGGUGUUGGUGGGGGCAACAACGUGCACAACAUCACCCCCGUCGGUGUAUCCAGCAACAGCAGCAACCAGCUUACGUUUUCGUCCGUAUACCUUAAUGCAACCUCGAACAGCAAUGCUCAACGGCUUAAUUUGCUGUUCGCGCUGGACGAAGGGGCCACCGGGCCGUCGCAGCACAAGCAGCAGCAGCAGCAUGGCGGUGGUGGUGGUGGAGGCGGGGCACAUCAUUCCCUGUACCGUACCGCUUCCCAGCCGGCGACCCGCCACAAGAUGGAGGAUAUCCUGGAUAUGCUUUCGCUGAACGCUGGCAUGAAGCUGCUGCCGGAGCUGACCAGCUUCGGCAGCGCGGCCAGCAGCGCCAACUCCAUCAACAGCAACAACGGCGGCAGCAACAGCAGUAACAGCAGCAACAACCAGCACGCUACUAGCAACACUUCCUCCUCCUCCGGUCACCGGAAGUUGGAACGAACGCAGUCCGAACCACUGCCACAGCAAGUAAAUACCUCGAGAUACAAAACUGAACUCUGCCGACCGUACGAGGAGGCGGGAGAGUGCAAGUACGGUGACAAGUGUCAGUUCGCGCACGGCAUGCAGGAGCUGCGCAACUUGCAGCGCCACCCGAAAUACAAGACCGAACUGUGCCGCACGUUCCACAGUGUGGGCUUCUGCCCGUACGGGCCACGCUGCCAUUUCGUGCAUAACGCUGAGGAGGCGCGCAACCACAACCGUAACGUGGCCGCUUACCAUGCACGUUUGGCCGCGGCUGCCGCAGCUGCCGGCGGCAACAACUCGUCCCAGUCAUCGCAGGGUGCGACCAGGAGCAGCAGCAACAACAACAACAACGGUCCCAGUAUGAUCAACAGUAACAACCAUCAUCAUGGUCACGGUCAUCACCACAAUCAGCAGCAACACAGCAGCAGCAGCAGCUUGAAAACGCUGUCCGUGGUACAGCUGCAUACGGCGGCCGCUGCUGCCAUACUGCAGCAGCAAACAUCCAUCGCUCAUCAUCAGCAGCAGCAAACAUCCAUCGCUCAUCAUCAGCAGCAGCAGCAGCAGCUACAUCAUCAUCAGCAGCAGCAGCAACACCACCACCACCAUCAUCAUCAGCUGCCACUCAGCCCGGCACUGUCGAUGUCCACCGGUUCGGAUCGGGCCUCACCGAUCGGUUCGCUGUCCCUCAGCCCGACCACCUCGAUGGCCAACUUCUUCCCGGAAGCGAUCAGCCCGACGCUCCAGCAGGGUGGUGCUAUACCGCAACCGUUCCUCCUCCCCACCAGCCCACCGGCCAGCCCGAUCGAAGGCCUGUCGCCCAUGGCCAGUCCACCACCGUCGUCACCCUCGCUAGUCGCGAUGACGUUGGGUGGUGGUCACGGUGCCGGCGGUGCUGCUGGCAAUAAUAGCUGCUCCACCAACGGGCAGGAAGAGCGUCUGCCGGUGUUCAACCUGCUGAGCUCCGUCGUGGACCCAUACUCUCAGCUGACGCUGUAGAAACCUUGCACAUAACUUUGUUUCGGAACUUUGUUUCUGACGUCGUGUCCCUGCCCUCCCCUUGGGGAUGAUGGGCGGGUGGAACGCGCCGGGACACUUUUGAACGAUGUUUUUGUUUUGCUUUUUGGAGCAAAAAAAAGCAACAGCUUAAUUGAGCUUUUGUCGACCGGCGCAUAUUAUUCGGCAAAUUAGCGACAAACAUUUGGUGUAAAGAAUUGAACGAACUUGUGUGUGUGUACACACGCACAGGUGCAUCCCCACGUAAUAUUUCCAUUAUAAUUUCUAUGGGGUUCCCUCUGGUUAUAAUGGGCGAUCGAGAGAAGGAGAGAGAGAGAUACAUUUAUAUAUAGUACACAACAACAACAACAACAACACACCACCUGAUAGUGUUGGCCCCGCUGUAAAACGCUUACGAAAUAGGUCUCAGAGAUAUGAUGGUUAGGCGCGUGUGUGAUACUACUCUGUGUGGUGGGUAUUUGUUUGUUUUUUUUUUUUGGCUUUUUGUUUUCGGGGAUUACUACUGAACAUUUCUGACGUAUUUAUAUUUAAAUCUAUUUGAACUUUGCCCCUAUACUUUUUUUGUGUGGAUUACAUGAAACUGAAAUGCAACAGGAGGAGGUUGGGUAAAGGUAGCAGUGUGUGCUGUGGGGGAGAGUAUGCAAGAAGGAAGAGGGAACUAUCAACUAAUAAUGAAGCAAACUAAUAAUGGAUUAUAGUAAGAGAAGAAAAAUAUUUAUUGAUUUUUGCACUAUAUUUACAUACACCGCCACCCUCCCCACCCCGCUCGACCCUCCUUUUUUUUUCGUCUUAUUCUAUUUUCUUAUGUGAUGUAAACGGUACGGUUAGAAAUAAUAUUAUUGAAAUAUUUCUUUUAAUUAUUUGCUCUUACUAGAAAUAGUGUGUAACGAACAACGUUUUUUUUUUUUGGGGGGUGUUUUCAUUUUGUGCACUUCAUUCGCUGACACGGCAAACCGGAAUGAAGGCGAGAUGACUACGCUCUACUGCUGACUAUGAGAAAUACAAAACCCCCACAUCAGGUGUUGCGAAAUUCACCUGACCGAUAGUGAGGGAAAUAUAGAUAAAAACACCGAGUAGCACGUUGUUUGAUAAAAAGCGCAAAAGAAAACACUCACGCACACACACACACACCAUCCUUCAGUCCCCUUUUCUCGGGGGUGAGGGAGGUGGGUGAAAUGGUGCACCGGGGUUCAUCCGGGUGUGCACUUAACCUGCUGAUAGGGCAAAUGCGCUUAGGGCAGAGUAUGAAAGAUGGUGGUAGAAGAGCGAGUGAGGAAGAGUUUGCCAAAUGGAAGUGACAGAAUUUAGAGAGAGAGAGAGAGAAUUCAUGCUUAAACGAUAUGACGAGAGAGACAGACACAUUUUCUAAUGCUCGACAAUAAUGCUAUUUUUUCCACUAUGAUAAUUCCUAUCACAGCAUUUUCUUCUACUGUUGUUGUAUCUACUCCGUAUCCCUUUACCGCCUUUCUCUGAGGACAGUAACCCACACACACACACUUGCAUAUAUAUAUUAUAGUCACAAAACUCAGAUUUAUUUAAUGAUUAUUUAUUACAUCUACGCAAAGCACGAUAAUAACAAUGAUAUCGAUAAUUUCCACAUACACACUCACAUUAUUCGCACAGUUUUUCUUACUACUACUACUGCUACUGUUUCUACUUUUUGAAUUAAUGAAUUAAACACACACACUCACCACCAACUCAAUAAGCGCUAUCCUUGUGGAAAACCGGAUCGGAAGGACGACGACACACUGCUGUCGUCCCUCAACGCAUCUCUCUCACUCUCUUCCCGCACGCGUGCGCCACACUCGGGAGUCGUCGUCGUAUAUUAUUAAACGGAUUUCGUAUUUUUUUAUACAACUAUUAUAUUACACUGUGCCUAUAUAUUAUUUACUUACACAUACACGCAAACGGAAUUUCGGAGCUUUUUACUCGCGGCUCCGUGUGUGCAAAUCCUGGGUGAUGAUAACGAAUAUGUAAUGUUAGUAGUGGUAGGAGGAGGAGGUGGAGAAGCACAACAGCAACGAGCGCACAGCAAAGCACUAUUAAGAAUCCCUUUUUUAAUUUAUUUUAUUUAUUCUCAACUUCCUUGGAAUGAAACGAAGAAAAAAUAUGCAAGCAAGCGUUAAAAAGCGUAACAAAAUCGCACAAACAAUAUUUGUUGUCCACAUGGGCUGAUCCUGAAAAAUGGCUCACAGGAUGGAAAUACGCACACACAUAUCACCGUUCACACAAACAUAUACUACAACAGCUAGCUGACUCUUUUAUAAUAAUAGCCCAUUUUUGUAACAUUCUGGAAACGAGACUCACCCACCUAUUCACGGAUUAAUAGCAGCAAGCAAUUGCUGCAAUUGCAAUAAUUGUUAAAGCAAUAUUUUUUGGAGAGCAUUAUUUAUGCAAAAACGUGAUGCAGAUUUUUUUUUUUGUGUGUGUAAUACCUCCAUAAUUGCGUGCGUGUGUAUAGGCCGCUAAUUUAUAUACUAAACAUGCAAAAGACGAACUAUUGUGUUAUAAAAUAGAGAUGUUGAUAUGAUGGUGUGUGCGUGUAUGUGCGAAGGAUGCGUAACACAACAACUACAAAAAAAGUGAUCACUAAGCUAAAGCACGAUUUAUAGAUGUUAGUAGGACCAAAAGAGCCGGCGGCAUUCGCUCUCCUCCCCCAUUUUCCCUCCCAAUGGUUUAUGGGGGGAAAAGGUUGAGGGAGAAACGCCAUCGAUUGGAACGGAUUUUGUUGUGCAGAAUGAAGGAGGAGAAACAGAAAACCCCCCGUAAGACAACGAAGUAAAGGAAAAAGACGAUAAAUUUGAGCGAGAGAGCGCGGGAAACACUAAAAUCAAAACAACGCGAUAAUAUCGAUAGUUCUUCCUAGUUUUUGUUUUCUUAUAAUUUUUUUUUGGUUUGUUUUUUUUUGUCUAUACGUACGUGAAAAAAAAUGCUAUUAUGACUAUUGUAUAAUUAUUAUUAUUAUUAUUAUUAUAAUUAUUAUUUUAUUUACUAUUUUAUUGUCAUCGAUUUAUCUAUAUAUAUUUGUAUAAUUAACACGUAAUUAUAAAGUUUUCUACUGCGCUACUAUAUUACUCUUAUACACACAUUUGUACAUUUGUAGUAAUUUAUACCUUUUUUCCCCUCCCCCGUCCGGUGUGUGCCGUGUCACACGCGGGGGGGGUGCAAGAGUGUUUUUUUCGUCUCUUUAUUAUUUUAUUACUAUCCUCUGCUCUAUGUAUGUGUGGGGCACACUUCAUACUACUGCAAAAACGCACACCGGGUUUUGUGUAGUGUGGUGUACCAUAUAUGCAUGUGUGUAAUAUGAUGAGUUUUUGGAUUCACCAAUCGAGUGCCUUAUGAGAAUCGAAUCACACAACCACACACACGCAAGCGUCAUCGAAACCCAAACAACAACGAGCACAUUACACACCAGCGAGUCAUCAUCCACAGUGACAACAAACCACCAGCAAAAUGUGCUUCCAAAAGUAAAUCGUACGCUCGCGGGAGGAGGAUCAGGAAAACCCUUUCUUCCAUUGAGGGCAGAUCGAUCAGCCACCACACCCGGGGUGUUGUGCGUUAUCAACUCUGUGUUGGCAUGCAAGUAAGCAUCGGGUGUGUAUGUGUGCCCCGGGGUUGUUGGAUUAUGAUGGGGAGGGGGGGCACACGCUGUGCUGUGCCUGUGGUGUGAUUUUCUCCUUCCAAUUGUUCCAUGUGUAAAAUGUUAGCAUUACCUACCGCAUUAGGGGGGUGUAAAGGAAAGCGCGUUUCCUCACCGAGCAAAACUCUAUAUUGAUAAAUCGAAUUAAGGCCGCGUGUUUUUCAAUUAUUAUAAAAUCACAGCAAAAACAAACAAAACAAUGAUGGGUGAUUGCAUUGAGCAACAACAGCAACAAAAAAAGGAUAAAAAACCUCACCCCCAAUCGUGAUCAUAACCGGUUAAACAGUGCGCCGCCACAGCACAGCAUACAGAUGUUUGAUUUUGUAAGGAAAAGGAGCGAAGAAUUGUAUGAUUGUUAGGUAGGUAGGUAGUGGUCGUGUCUCCUGGCUGGGCGCAACCAGGAACCGAGUUUAAGGAUAAAAUGUGAAAACGAAGAAAAAUAAUACACAAAAGCUAUAUAAAAUCAACAUAAUCUAA